AACUGACUAUUUCUGAAAGACAAAUCCUAGAUUGCUUUUGAAAGGGAGAGGAAAAAAGAGGAAAAAGAAAAUAACACAGGAAUAGCCAUUGCAAGGGAAUCUACUGCAUUUUCAUUUGCUAAGCAGGCUCCUGGCUCCACGGCUCCCUUGCCUGGUAGGAGAAGGAAAUAGCUAGACUAGGUAUUCUGCAGGUCUGAAGAAAUCCAAAAUGGGCUGUUCGGAAAAAGCAGCGUCCAAAAUGCUGUUCCUUCUGCUGCUUAGCUCUGUGCCUCUUCUACAAGGCCUGCCCCUCUGGGAAAAUGAUGAUGUGGUCCCGGCUACCCCCUCCCCGCAGCUGGAGGCCCUGUCAUCGGAGGCCAUGGGUGGACCCAAGGAGGAGGAACUGGGGGUCUCAGCUGAGGUGAGGGGGUCCUCACCCCCCAGCCCCGAAGGCCUCUCUGAGUUGCUGCAGGGGGCAUUGCUGAGGAAGGAGUUUCUGGGGGGCGAGUUGAUGGAGGAGCCCAUCCCUGGAGGUAGCCCUUCCACGCUGCCCCCAUUCCACCCUCCUGUCCAGCACUUGGAUGGUGGGGUGGUCCCCGAAGCCUCUGAAGCUGCAGCCACAGGUCCUUCCCCUUUGACCACUGCUGCACCGCCCACUGGCUUCCUCCUUACGACCCCUCCGGCUUCCACAGCGGCUGCUCCCCCCCGCCUCCCACCUCCACCUGAUGAGACCGGGUCUGCCGGCCAACACAUCUCGGCCACGACCACGGCCUUCAUCCCCGAAGGCGACGAGGAGACCACCACCACACUUAUCACAACGACAACCAUCACGACUGUGCACACGCCAGUACUGUGCAACAACAACAUCACUGACGUGGAAGGCUACGUGGAAUCUCCGGACUACGCGGGCGCUACUUUCUAUGGGGGCCUGGAUUGCACCUACACAAUCUCUGUUUAUAUGGGCUACGGGAUAGAAGUGCAGGUGCAGAGUCUAAACCUAUCCAAGGAAGAUUCACUGACCGUAGAGGGCCUGGGAGGGGAGAAGCCUGUUGUCUUGGCCAAUGAGUCCCUGAUGGUUGAGGGGCAAGUGAUCCGCAGCCCAACCAAUCAGGUGUUGAUCCACUUUCAGAGCUACCACACCACCACCCCUGGAAUCUUCAAAUUUCACUACCAAGCUUUCCUCCUGAGCUGCGGCUUCCCCAGCCGACCUGAGAAUGGCGAUGUCAUGGUGACUGACCUCCACCCAGGUGGUUCUGCCACUUUUAAGUGCGAGUCUGGCUUUCACCUGCGAGGGGAAGAAACACUCAUCUGCCUCAACGUCAGCCGCCCUCGCUGGAGCGGCACGAGCCCUGCAUGUGUGGCUUCCUGUGGAGGUACAGUCCACAAUGCCACUCGUGGGCGCAUUGUGGCUCCUGAGGCUCCUGGGGGGCCUCACGGCCGGAACCUCACCUGCCGCUGGUUGGUGGAGGCGCCCGAAGGCCAGAGGCUUCACCUGCACUUUGAGAGAGUGGCUCUGGACGAAGACAACGACAAACUGAUGAUCCGCAGUGGGAGCAGCGCCUUUUCCCCGAUCAUCUACGACUCGGAUAUGGACGAUGUCCCAGAACGGGGGUUGCUGAGCGAUGCCCAGUCUCUCAUUGUGGAGCUCACCAGUGAGGGCCCGGCCACACCUCUCAUCCUUAGCCUGCGCUAUGAAGCUUUUGAUGAAGACCGUUGUUAUGAACCAUUCCUGGCACAUGGAAAUUUCAGCACAUCAGACCCACUGUAUCGCAUGGGGACUGUGGUUGAAUUUGCCUGCAGUGCCGGAUACAUGCUUGAACAGGGGCCUUCUGCCAUCGAGUGCAUUGAUUCAAGAGACCCCCGCUGGAAUGAGAGCGAGCCCACCUGCAAAGCCUUAUGUGGGGGGGAGCUCUCUGAGUCAACAGGCGUCGUCCUUUCCCCUGAUUGGCCCCAGUCCUAUGGGAAAGGCCAGGACUGCGUCUGGGGCAUCCGGGUGCAAGAGGAGAAACGAGUGCUGCUGGACAUCGAGAUCCUCAACAUUCGCAAAUCCGAUGUGCUGACCAUCUUUGACGGGGGGGACCUGACAGCCCGGAUCCUUGGCCAGUACUUGGGUCCCCAUCCCCGCUUCAGCCUUUACUCUUCAGGCCCAGCUGUCACCCUCCAGUUUCAGUCGGAUCCUGGGGACCCCCUUUUUGGACUCAGCCAGGGAUUCCUGGUGCGGUACAAGGAGGUUCCACGAAACGACACUUGCCCCGAGCUGCCCGAGGUGGAGUUUGGCUGGCGCACAGCUUCUCACGCUGCGGUCAUCCGCGGCACAGUGGUGACGUACCAAUGCGAGCCAGGCUAUGACAUAGUGGGAUCCGACAUCCUCACCUGCCAGUGGGACCUGUCGUGGAGCAACAGCCCUCCCACUUGCCAGAAGAUUGUGAACUGCGCUGACCCUGGGGAGAUCAGCAACGGCAAGCGCAGCGUCUCAGACCAACGUUUCUCCAUUGGCUCCCACGUCCAAUAUUUCUGCCAUGAGGGCUACGUGGUGGAAGGGAGCAGCACGCUGACCUGCUACAACCGGGACACGGGCACCCCCAAGUGGAGCGACCGGGUGCCCAAAUGCGUCUUGAAAUACGAGCCCUGCCUGAACCCUGGCGUCCCAGAGAAUGGGUACCAAACGCUUUACAAGCACCACUACCAGGCGGGAGAAUCCCUGCGCUUCUUCUGCUACGAAGGCUUUGAGCUCAUCGGCGAAGUGACGAUCACCUGCAUACCUGGCCACCCGUCCCAGUGGACCAGCCAGCCUCCUUUGUGCAAAGUGGCCUAUGAAGAGUUACUGGAUGGCCGGAAGCUAGAAGUCACCCAAACGACAGAUCCUUCCCACCAGAUGGAAGGUGGCAACAUCGCCCUGGCCAUCUUCCUGCCCAUCCUCCUCGUUAUCCUACUGAUUGGUGGCAUCUAUGUCUACUACACCAAGUUCCAAGGAAAGACCCUUUUUGGCUUCUCCUUCUCCAGCUCCCACAGCUACAGCCCCAUCACUGUGGAGUCUGACUUCAACAACCCUCUCUACGAAGCUGGGGACACCAGAGAAUACGAAGUUUCCAUCUAGAAGGUGUCAGAGGAUCCGUGUUCUUCCCCCCCAACCUGAGCGGGUUUGAGGAUCAGCGACUGAGAACGAUUCCUAUUUAAGGAGGGAAUAGUGGAAGGUGGUUUCGGGGGAGUUUAGGGGAAACAGCCGGGAAGAGGGGGGGCUUCUCCUCUCUGCCCCACAGAUUCACCUUCCUCCAUUCCUCCCCAUGUUGCUGCCUCACUGUCCACUCUCCCAGCUUUGGACACCGUCCACUUCCCCCUCCCCACUCCUUGUAAAUACCCUCUUCAAUGUGCCAAACGCGUUUCACAGACAACACACACACACGCACACAGGUUUUUUUCUGCUUUACCCGUUUCUUUACCUUUCUUUACUUCUUUGUUUAUUUGUUUGUUUACUAACUCACUUCCCCCCCUCCCCACCCGUUGUUUAUUAUUUCCUUAGUGGUUGAGAAAGGAGGGGUUGCGCCUCAUCCCUUUCUUCCCUUGUCUUGUCCCCCCCGCGUCUUUUCUAAGGAGGCGGAUAUCAGUUUUAGGUGCUGCCAUUAAAACAACAACA